AUGUCUGUAAUAUCAUCGACUACAAAGCUCAAAGUAAGCUCAACGCUCGACAAGUCUACUCCACGAAAGAGUCUGAUUGAUCGCGAUCCGGGAACAUGCUGGACGUCGACACAAGGUCUCCCACAAUGGAUCGAACUGACCUUUGCCGAGCCAGUCGUGCCAGAGGCUAUCGAGCUCACGUUCCAAGGAGGCUUUGUGGGUACAAGAGUCGCUGUUCAAGUCGCUAUUCCCGGGAACGAAUGGAGACUCCUCACAAGCAUUUAUCCUGAAGAUGUCAACCGCAAGCAACGAUUUGACAUCUCAUCCUCUUUGGACAAUGCGCCGAUCACCUCCAUGAAGCUGAUAUUCGAGGAGAGCUCCGACUUCUUUGGCCGGAUAACAAUUUACGACCUGGAUGUGUUUGGGAAGACCUGA